AUGCUGACUCCAUCAGAACCUUCGCCUAAUGUCGUCUCGCAAAUGUCUCUCAAAGGCAAGGUUGCAGUUGUGACCGGGGGAGCUCGUGGUUUGGGAUUUGAGAUGAUGGCAGCCCUGGCUGAGAGUGGUGCUGAUGUUGCUUGUGUUGAUCUAUUGGAAGAAAGCUGUCUUCAAGCUACUAUCAAGAUUGCUGCUGGAUGUCAAGUGAAAGCUACUGCUUGGGGCUGCGAUGUAACCAAUUAUGCUGCUGUGGAGGAGCUCUUUGGUGAAAUCAUUAAGCAACACGGCAAAGUGGAUAUUCUGGUCACUGCUGCUGGGAUCAACAAGGUGUGUCCUGCUGUGGAGUAUCCUGCUCAGGAUUUCAAUACUAUAUUUCAAGUCAAUGUCAAUGGCACCUUUUAUUGCAUGCAACAAGCUGCCAAACAUAUGAUGCGAUUAGGAAUCCCAGGCUCCAUCAUCACAAUUGCUUCCAUGUCGGCCCAUGUUGUUAACCGACCCCAAACACAUGCUCCAUACAAUGCAACCAAGGCAGCCGUGCUUCAAUUGACCAAAUCACUGGCUACUGAAUGGGCUCCUCAUCAAAUUCGCGUGUGUGCUAUUUCUCCCGGCUAUUUCGACACUGUCAUGAACAGAACCUUACUGGCUCAACAGGGCGAACAAGGCGCUGCUUUGAGAAAGAUCUGGGAGACCGAAACUCCCAUGGGUCGCUUAGGUACACCGCAUGAGUUGAAGGGCGUGGUUGCAUUUUUAGCAUCAGACAAUGCUUCAUUUGUAACAGGUUCUGAAAUUAUUGUAGAUGGUGGAUAUACAUGCUGGUAG